AUGCACCCCAUCGCCCGGCCGGCGUCGCGGCUCCUCCACGCCCGCAUCGGCCUGCACACCACCGCAGCCCUCGCAAGAUGGCCCGCCGCAGCCCUCCCGGCACGACGCCUCUACUCCUCCAUCCCGCCAUUCCCUCCUCCUCCUCCCCCGCCGAGCUCCUCCGCGACCAAGGAAGAAAUAAAGCAAGCUUCCCCAACGAGCGACCCAAGCUCCCCGUCGUCCCCGAGCGCAGACCCGAGCUCUAGCUCCACCACAGCUUCCACAUCGGCUUCACCUCCCGACGACGCAACAACCCCCAAGACAUCUUCAACCUCAACCUCCUCCUCCAACGACAAAAAUGCAGCCCACAACCCCCUCCCCGACGUGGCCUCCAAAAUCUACACCGCCCUCCCGCCCGCCCUCCUCGAGAAGCUCUCCCGCCUCAUGGACACCGCCCAAACCCGCCUCCUAACCGCCUCCACCACCCUCAACGCCCUCACCGGCUACGCCCCCAUCGAGGCCAUCAAGCACCAAAACACCCUCCUCGAGGCCCGCCUCGCCGCCGCCCAGGACCAAGUCCGCACCGCCCGCCACACCUACAAGACCACAAACGCCAAGCGCGCCACCACCCAGCGCGAGGUCACCACCCUCCUCGCCCGCAAGGAGACCUGGUCGCCCUCCGACCUCGAACGCUUCACCCAGCUCUACCGCACCGACCACGAGCUCGAGCAGGAGGUCGUCGCCGCCUCCGAGGCCCUCACCGACGCCGAACACGCCGAGCAGGCCCUCGGCCAGCAGCUCAACGCGGGUAUCCUCAAGCGCUACCACGAGGAGCAGAUCUGGUCCGACCGCAUCCGCCGCGCCUCCACCUGGGGCACCUGGGGCCUCAUGGGCGUCAACGUCCUCCUCUUCCUCGUGCUGCAGUUCGUCGCCGAGCCGUGGAAGAGGAAACGCCUCGUCCGCGGCGUCGUCGAGCAGGAGAAGACCGUGUUGGAGGGCGUGACGGCCGAGCUGGCGAGUUUGAGAGCGUCCUUGGCGCAACAGCGGGACGAGCCUGCCGCUGCGCCUGUCGACGAGCCCGCUUUUGCUCCCGAGGAAGUCCUCGCCGCCAAGGUCGAGGAGCCCGCGGUGCAGGACGAACUCGAUAGAGAGGUGGCUAGCGCUCUUAAGGGCCUGGAAAAGGAGACGACGGACUCCAGGACGUGGAAAGAGUACUUGUCCGACCCCGCGCUGUGGAGGACGCUUUCCGACGCUGCGUUUUGGAGGACGCGGCUGGAGGAUCUGUACUCGGAGCGCCGUAUCGACUUGCGCAUGCGUGAUGCUUCCAUUCUCGCUCUCGAGGGUGCUGCCGCCGGUGCCACAGUCGCCGGCGGUCUGGCGCUCCUCCUCCUGCGUAGAACAUAG